UUCUGUCCCGGGAGUUCUAUGAAACUUCACAAGCUUUUUUGAAGAUCAAAAUCCUUAUUUAGUGGAUGGGAUUUCUGGGUUUAUCUUUAUCCAUCUGAAUUAUAUCGACUGUAAAGGUAUUGGGUAUUGAUUUUAUUUUGAGGAAAUUAGCAGUCAGUUGGAAGUUUAAUUUAUGCUUGAAGCAUUGGAGAAGGACGUAUUCUCUGGGUUUUAAUUGUUGUUCGUGAAUUUGAGUUUGAAGGUAUUGUAAUUAGUAGAAUUAUUUUUUUGAUCGGAUGGGCUUCAGUUGACCAUUUGGUUCAAUGGUUUUUGAAAAGGAGGGGGUAUGACAAAGCUAGUUUUAGGUGGUGAUUUUUAGGUGUAAAGGAGGGUCCGUGUUGAGUGAAUUAUGGGGGGCGUUUGUGGCAAGGUUUCUGCCGUAGAAGACUGCCGGGAUAGCACAAGGGAAAGAGAAUUGGAUAAAGGGUCAACGAGUUUUCGUGUGCCUCGGUUCAUCUCUUCGAAAAGAGAGGAGAGUUUUCGAAUAAAGAGUAGGCUUGGCAGUGGUGAUGCAAGAAUUGGGAUAAUUGAUAAGAAGGCCCAUAAUUCGAAAAGAGUGAGGGAUGAUCAUUUUGAGAAGAAAGAUAUUUCUGAAGUAGUUGUUGUAAACUUUCCCGGUAUGGGAAGUGUUCCAAAAGCUAUGGAAGGAGAACAGGUCGCAGCAGGCUGGCCGUCUUGGCUUGUGGCUGUGGCCGGUGAAGCUAUCCAGGGAUGGCUACCGCGGCCAGCAAAUAGUUUCGAGAAAUUAGAUAAGAUUGGCCAAGGAACUUAUAGUAGCGUAUACAAGGCUCGUGACCUCACUAAUAAUAAGAGAGUUGUUGCUCUAAAAAGAGUAAGGUUUGAUAACAUGGAUCCUGAGAGCGUCAAGUUUAUGGCAAGGGAAAUCCUUAUUUUACGUAGGCUUGAUCAUCCAAAUAUAAUCAAACUGGAAGGCCUGAUCACAUCACGGACAUCAUGCAGUUUGUACCUUGUCUUUGAAUACAUGGAACAUGAUCUUACGGGGCUGGCAUCGCUUCCUGGUGUCAAGUUCUCAGAACCGCAGGUCAAAUGUUACAUGCAGCAGCUGCUCAGUGGACUUGAUCAUUGUCAUAGUCGUGGUAUUCUGCAUCGUGACGUAAAGGGUUCAAAUCUUUUAAUCGACAACCAUGGGAUCUUGAAGAUUGCGGAUUUUGGACUAGCAAGCUUCUUUGAUCACCAUGAAAGUGUGCAAUUGACAAGUCGUGUUGUGACUCUUUGGUAUCGUCCGCCGGAACUUUUACUUGGAGCCACUCAGUAUGGAGUGGCAGUGGAUCUAUGGAGUGCUGGCUGCAUACUUGGGGAACUUUAUGCUGGAAAGCCUAUCAUGCCUGGAAGAACAGAGGUAGAGCAAUUGCAUAAAAUUUUCAAGCUUUGUGGCUCUCCAUCUGAGGACUAUUGGAGAAAAUCAAAAUUACCUCAUUCAACAGUGUUCAAACCUGUACAGCCUUAUAGACGACGUCUUGCAGAAACAUUUAAAGAUUUUCCAGCUCCUGCUGUAGGGCUUAUAGAGACCUUACUUUCAAUAGAUCCUGCACACCGGAGAACUGCAGCCUGGGCACUUAAGAGUGAGUUCUUUGCAACAAAGCCUCUUGCUUGUGAUCCUUCAAGCUUGCCAAAAUAUCCUCCCAGCAAGGAGAUUGAUGCAAAAUUGCGGGAUGAAGAAGCCAGAAGGCAAGGAGCAGUGGGAGUCAGGAGCCUGAGGGUUGACCAGGAUGUGAGAGGAUCAAAAAAUUUGUGGGCAGUUCCGCCACCUGAAGCUAAUGCUGAGUUAGCUAUGUCAAUGAAGAUACGUUCCAGUCCAAAGAGCCGAAGUCAGCUAUUCAACCGUCAUCAGGAUGGAGCUGUUCUUGGGUUUCCUAUUGGUCCACCUAGACCGACACAAAAAGUAAAAGAAGUGAGUGAAGUUCUCUUGGGACAUCAGACAAAUAAGGCUUCACAUUCAGGGCCUUUGGUUCCGGGGGUUGGAUGGGCAAAAGUUGGAAAAAGAUAUGAUGACAUUUCCACUGUUUCAACCAGAGCUGACUUAUCCACUUUAUCUGGUUUGGUAGCCUCUAGGACUUCAUUAUCUGAAGAUUGUCGAGACAAACUUGAUUCUUCAAACUCCGAGGCAACCAAUCAAGGGGGCAGGCUGACAGAAUCAUUUGAGAAACAUUCAGGAAAGCAGCAUUCAAAGCAUCAGGCACAGAACAUUCCUGGUUUGCAUCAGAUAGAAAAUGGAAAGGCUAGUACCAUAGAUCCAGUUCCGUAUAGUCAUGGGCACAGGGGAAACAAGAUCCAUUUCUCCGGCCCUGUAUUUGCUCCAUCAAAGAAUGUGGAUCAGAUGCUUAUAGAGUAUGAUCGCCGGAUCCAAGAAACUGCUCGCAGGGCACGGCUUGAGAAGGCAGGAGUUGGUAAAGUUCAGGCUCAAGUGAUUAAGAAAACAGCUAAUCCAAUAUAUGCCUCCAGUCGUCGAGCUGGGUAAAUCA